GCUUCCUCGACUUGUUAUUCCAAACCGGAAGUGUCUGUGUCUCUGCAAGAGAGUGCGGUGUUCCGGCAGAAUGGUGGUCCUGAAAGGAAUCCCAGCUAUUCUGUCACCUGAGCUGCUUUAUGCUCUGGCUAAAAUGGGACACGGUGAUGAACUGGUUCUGGCUGACGUUAAUUUUCCAACAUCAUCGGUUUGUGCUUGUGGACCAAAAGAGAUUAGAGCUGAUGGCUUGGGAAUACCGCAACUUUUGGAGGCCAUUUUGAAGCUGUUUCCUCUGGACACCUAUGUCACCUCUCCGGCUGCUGUCAUGGAUCGAGUAGAUGCUGACAAACUAAGAAAUUUACCUGUUCCUGUGUGGGACGUCUACUCUAAUCUCUUGUCUAAAAGUGGAUCUAAUGCUGAUUUGGAGUUGGUGGAAAGGUUUGAAUUCUAUGACCGAGCCAAGGCGGCCUUCGCUGUUGUAGCAACAGGGUAUGUAUUUGAUUUAUUUUUACUCUUGUUACAAAAACAAUGUAAAAUGUUUAAAUUAUUAAGAAAAAGAUUUAUAGUCUACUGGAUGUCAGUGAAUUGUUCACCAGCAGGGGCGCUGCCCUUCAUUUGUAAUUUCUAUUUUAGCUUUAGUUCUGUGGGUUUAUUAUAUGAAAAGGCUUAUUUUAGGACUGAAAGAACCAAUAGAUUUUUAUUGUUGUAUUAUUGUUCACACCUCUCUGUAAACAUAGAUAUAGGUAGUGAAGUCACCUGCCAAUAAAACCAUGCUGAAUUUUAUAUAAAGUAA